AUGGAUACUGACUCUUCUAGAGGUGAGUUAUCAUCGAUUCCUCUACCGCCAGGCAUGGAUCAACCCUCGGGUGCCGGAGAUCAUGCUGCUUGGGCGAAAGCUUAUGAAGCUUUGAAGCAGAAUAAUAUCAAUAAUACAGCUCCACAGCAACAAUGGAAAGGUGUUCAACCAAAAAUAGGUUUACCGUUUCCGGGUUCUUCAGCGUCUUUGCCGUUUCCUCCUUUUCCUCCUCCGUACAAUCCAGCAAACUCUUCUUUGCCUCCUCAAAACACUCACAAUCAGUGGGUACCGAACAUGAACAAACAGUGGGGUACGGAAAACCCAAAUGGUCAAAAUUGGCAGAACAGAGGCCCACAAAAUAAAUGGGGAAACAACCAACAGAACAGUUGGCAAGGAAAUUCUGGACAGAAACAAUGGAUUCCUAAGCAUGGGCAGCAGAACCAGAAGUUUCAACCUUUUGCACUAAACUCUUCAAAACUUCCGAAUACCAAUUUUAACCCUUCCAAAGUACCCCCUCCUGGUGUGGUUUCCAUGAAUACGCAGCCUUCAACCGUGUCAAGUCCCUUCGGUAACAUUCCGGAAAAUGCAAAACGAUAUGUAGAGCGUGCUUUCUUGGCUGCCCAAACUUCUGAGGAUCAGAGAAAGACAACUGAGUAUUUGGAAAAGAGACUUCAACCUCUCAUCCAGGCAGGGUCUAUCCGAGCUGUUCAAUGGGAUCGUGAACCUCUACCACAUGAAAAAAAUUAUCAAUUACCUGCGGCGUUGUGGAUACCUGCAGCUGAAAGAAACAAAACAAACAUGAUGCCAAUGAAACAAAAAAGAUCUAGUCCUUCACCAGCAACGAGUGCUGGCAAAAGGGGACGACGUAGUUCAAGUUCUGAGUCGGAUAGUAGUGUUUUCCAGUCAAAGAAGAAAACAAAGAAAGAGAAGAAGUUAGAAAAGAUGAAGAAACAUAUGGAGAACAAGUUGAAGAAGAACAAUAAGAAGUUAAGUGAAAGAUGGGAAGUAAAGGACGAUGAAAAUAGAUUAGUAGAGAGAGCACGUCGAUUUGAAAAAGAUUAUCAAUUAGCUGCACCAGCUAUUUCUUCUAGGCUUAUAAUGAAGGGACAAGUUAUCAAAGGAACUUGUCAAGACAUUGAGAAGAAAUUUUUCAGAUUAACUGCUGCUCCCGAUCCAAGUCUUGUUCGCCCACUUGAAGUUUUAGAAAAGUCAUUAGAACACGUGAAAGAGAAAUAUCGUAAUAAGAAGGAAUAUAUGUAUCUUAUUGAUCAGCUUCGUUCCAUUAGACAAGAUCUCACUGUUCAACGGGUAAGAAAUGAGUUCACUGUUUUGGUGUAUGAGAUAAACGCUCGAAUAUCUUUAGAAUACAAGGAUAGGGAGGAGUUCAAUAAAUGUCAAAGUCAACUGAAACUUUUAUAUUCCGAAGUGGAUGAUUGUCCUAAUCAAGCUGAAUUUGUAGCUUAUCGUCUACUUUACUAUGUAUCGAUGGGAAAAACAUUGGAUAUAUCCACCCUCCUGAAAGAAAUUACUCCAAAGCUUCGACGCGACACAUGUAUCAAGUUUGCCUUACAAGUACGGGAAUCUGUGGCUCUUGGUAACUAUGUCAAAUUUUUCCGUCUUUUCAAGGAUGCUCCGAAAAUGUCUGCUUUCAUUAUGGACUUGUUCAUUGAAAGAGAAAGAAAACGGGCUUUGAAAUCUAUUUUCCAAGCAUAUCGCCCCACUUACCCUUUGAGUAAAAUAGAAGAUCUUCUUGCUUUCGAAGGUAACGAAUUAGAAGAACUUUUGGUGGAACUUGAGAUAGAGAGCCAAGACGGUGUAAUUGAUUGUCGAGCUUAUGCCUCGAAAGCUUUAUAG